CUCAGCCAAUCAGCAUGCAGCAUCCAGAUCCGUCCUCUGAGCGGCUUUGAGGACGUGACAGCGGCCGUGUCGGCGCUCAGAGAUCAACUACAGGACGUCCUGAGAGACAAGUGGACAACCGUCUCACUGACAGGGACUGAAGUGGACGUUUUACUGCCCCAACCAGAGCCCAAGACCAGAGGUGGAUUCUUACAAUAUUCACGUGAAAUCACACUGAAUCCAAUCACAGCACACACAAAGCUGUUAUUAUCUGAGGGGAACAGGAAAGCAACGUUAAUGAGACAUCGACAGUCUCAUUCUAGUCACCCAGACAGAUUCAUUGAAGAGUGGCAGGUCCUGAGUAGAGAGAGUCUGACUGGACGUUGUUACUGGGAGGUGGAGAGGAGUGGGGGAGUUUAUGUAGCAGUCACAUACAAGAAUAUCAGGAGAGCGGGGAGGUCGUACAAAUGUGAAUUUGGACGAAAUGACAAAUCUUGGGCGUUAGAAUGUAACUACAACAGUUAUACAUUUUGGUCAAACAAAGUCCAAAUUCGCAUCUUAGGUCCUGAGUCCUCCAGACUAGGAGUGUACCUGGAUCACAGUGCAGGUAUUCUGUCCUUCUACAGUGUCUCUAAAAAAACCAUGACUCUCCUCCACAGAGUCCAGACCACGUUCACUCAGCCCCUCUAUGCUGGACUAGGGUUUGAUUGGUAUGGAGCCUCUGCUGAGUUGCGUAAAGUGAAAUAGACAGAAGUCAUUUAAGGGUUAAAAUAAACUCUUUGACUUAUUUAGUCUCCAUGUUUGUUGCUGACAGCUGAUUGUUGUCAUUCUAUUUUUCAUGUUUUUCACUUUUUUCUUGUGUUUG